AUAUAAUCGUUUAAAAGCAUAAUAGCAAUCCCGCAUGACUAGAUAGUGUUGUUGUUUGUGAUUAUACAUAAGAUUGUUGAUUGGAAUGUCUCCACUUUUUCUUCUACUUUUAACUGGAUCCCUUUAUUCGGAUCCAGAUUGUCCUGAUUCAUCUGAACCAACAUACUUAGCUGACCCGACUGAUUGUAGCAAGUACUAUGAAUGCAUCCGAGGACAGAAAUAUCAAGGAAGUUGUCCAGAUGGUUUGUUGUGGGAUGAUUCCCACAAAUAUUGUGACGAUGGUGAUUAUGUCAAAUGUUAUGAUCCCGUUUGUCCAUCAACUGAGGGAACCUCCAACGUCGUUUACCCAGAUGAUUGCAGCAAAUAUUAUAAGUGUACUAAUGGACGUAGUACCAUCCUGAGUUGCCCAGAAAAUAUGUUAUUCAAUCCUCAGACUAAUAAAUGUGAUUAUAUGGACAACGUAUCCUGUGAUUGGACUACUGGGCGUACUUCAGAAACAUCUACCACAACUACAUCAAAAACUACAACGACUACUAAACCUGGAACUACAUCAAAAACUACUACGACUACUAAACCUGAUGAUUCCGUUUGUCCAUCAUCUGAAGGAACUUCAAAUGUGGUUUAUCCAGGUGAUUGCAGCAAAUAUUACAAAUGUAUUGAUGGGCACAGCAGCAUCCAGAGUUGUCCAGAAGCUAUGUUUUUCAAUCCGGAUACUAAAAAAUGUGAUUAUAUGGACAAUGUAUCAUGUGAUUUGACUACUAGGCAUACUUCAGAAACAUCUGCUGCAACUACAUCUAAAACUACAACAACUACUACACCUGAAGAUUCCGUUUGUCCAUCAUCUGAAGGAACUUCAAAUGUGGUUUAUCCAGGUGAUUGCAGCAAAUAUUACAAAUGUAUUGAUGGGCACAGCAGCAUCCAGAGUUGUCCAGAAGCUAUGUUUUUCAAUCCGGAUACUAAAAAAUGUGAUUAUAUGGACAAUGUAUCAUGUGAUUUGACUACUAGGCAUACUUCAGAAACAUCUGCUGCAACUACAUCUAAAACUACAACAACUACUACACCUGCGAAUCCCACUUCAAUCGAUCCUAUUUGUCCAUCAACCGAAGGAACCACAAACGUCGUUUACCCAGAUGAUUGCAGUAAAUAUUACAAAUGUACUGAUGGACAUAGCAGCAUUCUCAGUUGCCCAGAAAAUAUGUUAUUCAAUCCAAAAACCAAUAAAUGUGAUUAUAUGGACAACGUAUCUUGUAAUUCGACUACUCCACAUACCUCUACAUCAACUAUAACAACAACUUCUACUCCAGCGAAUCCCACUUCAAUCGAUCCCAUAUGUCCAUCGACAGAAGGAACCACAAACGUCGUUUACCCAGAUGAUUGCAGUAAAUAUUACAAAUGUACUGAUGGACAUAGCAGCAUUCUAAGUUGCCCAGAAAAUAUGUUAUUCAAUCCAAAGACCAAUAAAUGUGAUUAUAUGGACAAUGUAUCGUGCGAUCUAACCACCACACAUGGUUCCGGAUCUACCACAAAACCAGACAGUGAUUGCACGAUAGUACCUGAUGGAACGUAUAUCGAAGACCCUACUAAUUGUAGGAAAUACUUCCUUUGUAUACAUGGACAUGGUACUUCCUUCAGCUGUCCAUCUGGAGAAAUUUGGGACAGUGUUGCUUUGACUUGUGUAAAAUCAGAUAAUGAUUGUUAAGAAAAUCUUUUAAUUGAGAUGUGAUAAUAAAAUAUUGUUGUUUCAUGUU